GCCCGGCCCCCGGGCUCGGCCACCUGCCUGGGAAACUUGUGGUUGGUUGUUGCCCUGCGGUCGUUCCCGGGCGGAACCGGGCCAUGGAAGACACGUCGGGGACUCGCGAGCCCCGGGCCCGGCCGAGAGAGCGGGACGCGGACCGGCGCGCCCACGCAGACCGAGAGCGCCGCCCCGAGCGACCGCGGGACAGACCCCGGGACCCGCACAGGGAGAGAAACAGGGACGGGCGGGGGAACGCGAACCGGCGAGAGGACCGGGACCGAGAGAGGGACCGAGACCCGCGCCAGGACAGACGCAGGGACGCGGGCCACCGUGCCGGUGAACAAAGAGUUUGGGAAGAGUCCCGCCAAAGCCGGACGCGGGACGCACCCCGGGGCCGGACCUGGGACGCAGCCCCGCAGCCCCGGCCCGCGCCAGGGGCAGCUCGGGAGCCGCCGCCCCUGUGGAAGGAGGACCUCGGGCGCCACCGACCCGAAAGUGAACCCACUUCAGGGAGAUACCUGUCCUCGAACCCCAGGUCUGGACUAGAAGAAGUGGAAUUUUAUCAGUCAGAGGCGGAAGGACUCCUGGAAUGCCAUAAAUGCAAAUACUUGUGCACGGGGAGAGGUGUGGUGCAGAUAGUGGAGGUGAUACUGAACGCGAUGGUGCUCAUGUGCAUCGUGGCCUCCUACUUUGUCCUUGCCGGAUUCAGCGCCAGCUUCACCAGCGGCGGCGGCUUGGGGAACAACUAUUACUCACCGUUUGAGGGCACGGAACUGGAGCAGGUGCGGCAGCUGGACCAGCAGUACACGGUCCUGCGGGCGCCCCUGAUAUACGGCGGCGUGGCUGUGUCCCUGGGGCUGGGUGUCCUCACCAUGAGCGUUCUGCUCCAAGGAGCCAAAAGACUAACAAAACUGUCGGGGAAGUGGCUCCUCACAGAGGCCGCCUUCAGCCUCCUAGCGGCCGUGGGCUACUGCGCAGGCGUCGGCGUCUACCUCCACGCGGCCUUGCAGAUCAAUUCCACCGACACCUGCAAGAGGAGAGAGAGGCUCUACGCCAGCAGGGGUCUCACCUGGAUGAACUGCCAGCUGUCGGGCACCGACGGAGCCGCAGCCACCUUUGCCUGUCUGCUGGUGAUCAUGUACUGUGUCAGCGUGGCGCUGGCCCUGCGGAGCUACCGAGAACAGAAGCACUACAAAGGCGGCCGGGGACAGCCCCGAAGUGGCAGUGAUGCACCAGAAUACCUGUGGUCUGGAACGCUCUGAGAUGAUCUUCUGGAACCUCAAUGUCAACCCAACCCCACUGUUUCUCCCAAAAAGACAGGGCCUUUCAAACCACACAGGAGACAACUGCGGUUUUCACAUACUUGAUUUUAGAAAUGCUCCCUUUGGAUCAAUGCAAAGUUAAAUAAUUGACUCAUUUUUUUCUACUGUAAAAGGAGAUCAAUAAGUCUUUUUGGCUGAUUUGAUGAGAGCUUGAAAAAAAACAUCACCUUUGCUACAAAGUGCAACCUCAGGUGUCUGGGGGACCCUUACGCUGUGGCUGUCACCAUAUGGCGAGGUCACAGUGGCAGCAGCCAGCUGGCCAGAGAAAUUCUGUGAGAUGAGAACCACAGGUCAGAGGCUUGCCGGUCACGUGGCACAGUAGAACGCUCUUACCUGUCAGAACUAUUUAAAGUCAUCAAAAGAAACAUGCCAUUCCCACCCCACUCGAUCCCCCUGGAUUUUGUCCCAGGGGAAUGAUUUUAAAGCAAUUGUGUGAUUGAAUUCUAAACAAGUAAUUACAUUCAGAUGUGCCCUCCUAGAGGCAAGGUAUUCUGCUCAGAGAGAGGGGGCCACGCAGCUUUCUCCCACUGAAGAUGGGAGGCCGCAUUCCGGAUACGUGAAAAGAGAUGUUUUUAGUAAGCGUGUUUUCCCCCAAGGCUCCUGCGUUAGGUUCCAGAGAAAAUGUUUUCUACCAGCUAUUCCAAAUUAGUUUCUUUUUUCGUGGCAAGUUGUUCAAUUGGAAUUCACUUUCCUGAAAUGUUUUGUAGUUUUCCUAAACAUAGAGAUUCCAAAUAGUGAGAAAAUUCCUAAACUUCUUAUACACGUUAUUCAACUGAUUUCAAAGAUAAAGCCGUUAAUUUUACUAGACGACGGCGGCUUAUUGGAGGCUUUUUCACUUCUGCGUUCCCUGACAGUGCCAGAGUGGGCCUUCAGGUACAUAGUAAUCUCUGCUUACCUUGGACUGGCUUCACAAUGUUAACAUCACUACCACUGAAUCUUCAAAAUAAAGUUCUUUCAUUAAUUUUAA